AUGGUCACCAAAACUAAUACCAAUACCAAAACAACCACCACAAAAGCUGCUACCACUACUACAAAGGUUGCUGCUGCUGCCGCUGCUGCCACCGCUACAAAGGUUGCUGCUGCCGCCGCUACAAAGGUUGCUGCCACUAAAACCGUCGCUGCUAAAGCUACCAAUACUACCAGUAAAGUUAAUGUUAUUAAUAAAGAAAAAGCCAUCGAAGCAAUCAAUGCAGUCAUUAAAUAUUCAGAAAUCAAAAAGAAUGCUCAACCAUUAAAUAUUUUAGAUGAUGAUAAUGAAAAUCUUUUCGUUUCAAUCGAAACUGAUAAAUACUACCACGAUGUUCAAUUCAAACCAUAUCACAUUACUGUUCCACAUCAAAUUUAUGAUUUAUCAAGCAAAAGAAGUUUAAUUAUUAUUCAAGGUAAUAAAGAACAAGCUAUGGAUCUUAAAACUAAAAUUACAGAAAUGGGUUUCACAGGUUUAUUCGAUGUUACUUCAAUGAAACAAUUCAAAAAAGAUUACAUUACACCAGAAUUAAAAAUCAAACUUACAAAACAAUAUGAAGAAUUUAUUGUCGAUUCAAGAUUCAAACAAAAAAUCCAACACAAUUUCGGUAAAGAAAUUUAUUUAUCAAAACAAUCACCAAAAAAAGUUGAAGUCGAUUUAAAUAACCCAGUUAAAAUUAUUGAAACAUUAAAUAAAUUAAAUAGAUUAGUUUUAAUUAGAUCAUUUAGCAAAUUAUUAUUCACUCUUCCAAUUGGUAAUUUUGAACUUGGUGUAGAAAAACUCAUUGAAAAUCUUUCAGUUAUUCUCGAUGAAAUUUAUUCCAAAUUACCAGAAAAACUCCAAUCAAUCCAAUCAUUAGCUAUUAAAGCAUCAGAUAUUCGUUUACCAUUUUAUGUUAAUGUCAAAGUACCAGAAGGUCUUAUUUUUGACCAAAAGAAACAAGAAGUCAGUUUAACCAAAGAAGCUUUAGAAGAAUUAGCUAGAAAACAAAUGGAAAUGGACAGUGAUGAUGAUUUUGAAGAUUUUGAAGAUUUUGAAGAUGAUGAAGAAGAAGAAGAAGAAGAACAAAAACCAAUUACCACCAAUAAAAAGAGAGCAACUCCAGAACCAGUAAAAAAAACUGAAGAAAAACAAUCAACUCCAAAUAAAAAAGUUAAAACCACUCCAGUUAAAGUAGCUGAAAAACCAACUCCAGCAGCUAAAGAAUCAACUCCAGUUAAACAAACAACCACCAAAGAAUCAACUCCAGUUAAACAAGUUAAAGAUGCUCCAGCUGUUAAAUCAACUCCAGCCAAACAAGUUAAAGAAACUCCAGUUAAACAAGUUAAAGAAACCCCAGUUAAACAAGUUAAAGAAACUCCAGUUAAGCAAGUUAAAGAAACUCCAGUUAAACAAGUUAAAGAAACUCCAGUUGUUAAAGCUACUCCAGUCAAAACAACUCCAGUUAAAAAAACCCCAGCCAAAAAAUAA